AUUCGUGGAUUCAGUCAGGUGCGUGGAGGGUUUCUAUGCCACUCAUAUGCUUCGACAUUGUCGAAGUACAUCUACCGGAGCGUGUAUUGCGCCAAUAUGAGUUGGUACAGGGCAUUCCACCACCUUGCGACAUUGAACCCGAGUUGCACCUUAUUUCCCGCAAGAAUCAGGGUACGACGAAUUGGACGAAGAUCAACGGAGGCCACAUCGCUCAUUGGGAUCAGAGACUGGAGCUACUAGCCCAAGGUGCACCAAUCGAUGUUGUUGGCGCACCUACUACACCUGACUACAUGCCGUGGUUCCUCUCCAUCACUCCCCGAUGGAUGACACCACGUGACGUUACUGCAGCGGCACAGUAUGCUCCUACUGCGCCUACGAUGAUCCAAUUUGCACAAGGUGUGCCAGCCGUGAUCCGGUCUAGCCACGAGGAGUCAGUACGGGAGAUUGCGCAAGACAUGCUUUUCGGCACGCAAUUUUAGCACUUCAUACCGGAAGUCUUUGCGGAGUCAUCACCUGCUACUGCCGAUGUGCACGCCUCAUCUCUUCCUCAUGACGUUUAUUUGGAGAAGAUGAACUUGUCAUACUCGGUGACGUUGCGGGGACCUCGUAGGCUGGGCCAUCCCAGCCAUCACAAUACCA